CGCUGUCACAUCACUGUUGAAAUGUAAAGUUAUCUUUUUUAUUUCCAGAAAACCAACACAUCAAAUCAGUCGAGGGGGUUGGGAAAAGGAAGCAGCUUUCAAGAUGGGUGACGCUCUCAUGGCGGAGUUUGGGGGUGCAGCUACUUUCCUGAGAAAAUCAGACAAGGAGCGCCUGGAGGCUCAGACCCGGGUUUUCGACAUGAAGAAGGCUUGUUUUGUGCCUGACGCAGCGGUGGAGUACGUCAAAGCCAUGGUUUCCAGCAGAGAUGGUGACAUGGUCACUGUUGAAACUGAGGAAGGAAAGACGGUAACUGUAAAGGAGAUAGAUGUCCACCCCAGGAACCCGCCUAAGUUCGAUAAAAUCGAGGACAUGGCGAUGUUCACCUUCCUCCAUGAACCCGCUGUGCUGUUUAACCUCAAAGAGCGCUAUGCAGCAUGGAUGAUCUACACCUACUCCGGGCUGUUCUGUGUGACUGUCAACCCCUACAAGUGGCUGCCAGUGUACGAUAAGCAGGUGGUGGCUGCCUACAGGGGGAAGAAGAGGACUGAAGCUCCUCCUCACAUCUACUCCAUCUCUGACAACGCCUACCAGUACAUGCUGUCUGACAGAGAAAACCAGUCCAUCCUUAUCACCGGAGAAUCUGGUGCAGGAAAGACCGUGAACACCAAGAGAGUCAUCCAGUACUUUGCCAGCAUUGCAGCUGCAACUGGCAAGAAGGAUCCGAGUCAGGAGAAAAAGGGGACUCUGGAGGAUCAAAUCAUCCAGGCCAAUCCUGCUCUGGAGGCUUUUGGAAAUGCCAAGACCAUUAGAAAUGACAACUCCUCCAGAUUUGGUAAAUUCAUUCGGAUCCAUUUUGGAGUCAGUGGAAAGUUGUCCUCGGCCGACAUUGAGACGUAUCUGCUGGAGAAAUCUCGUGUGACCUAUCAGCUCAAGGCUGAGAGAGAUUACCACAUUUUCUACCAAAUUCUGUCCCAGCAGAAACCAGAACUGCUGGAUAUGCUCCUGAUCACCAACAACCCCUAUGACUACCAAUAUAUCUCCCAAGGAGAGACGACUGUGAAAUCCAUUAAUGACUCAGAGGAGCUGAUGCUUACUGAUUCAGCUUUUGAUGUGCUGGGCUUCACCCAAGAGGAAAAGAAUGGCAUUUACAAGCUGACCGGUGCCAUCAUGCAUUAUGGAAACAUGAAAUUCAAACAGAAGCAGAGGGAGGAACAAGGAGAGCCCGACGGCACAGAGGAUGUUGACAAAGUAGCGUAUCUCAUGGGCCUAAACUCUGCUGACCUCAUCAAGGGACUGUGCCACCCGAGGGUGAAAGUAGGCAACGAGUGGGUCACCAAAGGCCAAAGCGUGCAGCAGAUCAACUACUCCAUUGGUGCUCUGGCCAAGUCAGUGUACGAGAAGAUGUUCUUGUGGAUGGUGAUAAGAAUCAACCAGUCACUGGACACCAAACAGCCUCGCCAGUACUUCAUUGGUGUGUUGGACAUCGCUGGAUUUGAGAUCUUUGACUUCAACACCUUUGAGCAACUGUGCAUCAACUACACUAAUGAGAAGCUGCAGCAGUUCUUCAACCACCACAUGUUUGUGUUGGAGCAAGAGGAGUACAAGAAAGAGGGCAUCGUGUGGGAGUUCAUUGACUUUGGCAUGGACUUGGCAGCCUGCAUUGAGCUCAUUGAGAAGCCCAUGGGCAUCAUGUCCAUCCUUGAAGAGGAGUGCAUGUUCCCCAAAGCCAGCGAUUCAACAUUCAAAGCCAAACUGUACGACAACCACCUGGGUAAAAGUCCUAACUUCCAGAAGCCCAGGAUUGUUAAAGGGAGACCAGAGGCUCAUUUCUCCCUGGUUCACUAUGCUGGUACCGUUGAUUACAACAUCGGUAACUGGCUGGUGAAGAACAAGGACCCACUGAAUGAGACUGUAGUUGGGCUCUAUCAGAAGUCCACGCUGAAGCUACUGGGUGUGCUGUUUGCUGGGUAUGCCGGCGCAGACUCAGCUGCGGACGCAAAAGGAAAAGGAGCAAAGAAGAAAGGUUCUUCCUUCCAGACUGUGUCUGCGCUGCACAGGGAAAAUCUGAAUAAGCUGAUGACCAACCUCAGGUCAACUCACCCUCAUUUUGUGCGGUGCAUCAUUCCCAAUGAGUCCAAGACUCCCGGGGCGAUGGAGAAUCCUCUGGUCAUGCACCAGUUGCGCUGUAAUGGCGUGCUGGAGGGCAUCAGGAUCUGCAGGAAGGGAUUCCCCAACAGGAUCCAGUAUGGAGACUUCAAGCAAAGAUAUCGCAUCUUGAACCCUAACGCUAUCCCUGAAGGGCAGUUCAUUGACAACAAGAAAGCAGCAGAAAAGCUUUUGGGCUCUUUGGACAUCGAUCAUGAGCAGUACAGACUGGGACACACAAAGGUGUUCUUCAAAGCUGGUCUGCUGGGUGUUCUUGAGGAGAUGAGAGAUGAUCGUCUUGCUCUCAUCAUCACUGGAAUUCAAGCACGAGCCAGAGGACAUCUUGCCAGGGUUGAAUUCCAGAAAAUAGUUGAGCGCAGGGAUUCCCUACUGGUAAUCCAGUGGAACAUCCGUGCCUUCAUGGGGGUCAAGAACUGGCCCUGGAUGAAGAUGUUCUUCAAGAUCAAACCCCUGCUGAAAUCAGCAGAGACCGAGAAAGAGAUGGCAAACAUGAAAGAGGAAUUCACAAAGCUCAAAGAGCUUUACGCCAAAAGCGAAGCCCGCAAGAAAGAGCUGGAGGAAAAAAUGGUGACCCUUCUCCAGGAGAAGAAUGACCUACAGCUCCAGAUGCAAUCAGAGCAAGACAAUCUCACAGAUGCGGAGGAGCGCUGCGAAGGCCUGAUCAAGAGCAAGAUCCAGCUGGAGGCCAAAUCCAAAGAGUUGACAGAGCGACUGGAAGAUGAAGAAGAGAUGAAUGCAGAGCUGACUGCCAAGAAGCGGAAGCUGGAGGAUGAGUGUUCAGAGCUCAAGAAGGACAUCGAUGAUCUGGAGCUGACUCUGGCUAAAGUGGAAAAGGAAAAACACGCCACUGAGAACAAGGUUAAAAACCUGACGGAAGAGAUGGCAGCUUUGGAUGAAAUCAUCGCGAAGCUGACCAAAGAGAAGAAAGCGCUUCAGGAGGCUCAUCAGCAAACGCUGGAUGACCUUCAGAGCGAGGAGGACAAAGUCAACAGUCUCACUAAGGCCAAAGUCAAGCUGGAGCAGCAAGUCGAUGAUCUUGAAGGAUCUCUGGAGCAGGAGAAAAAAGUGAGAAUGGACCUGGAACGGGCCAAAAGAAAGCUGGAGGGAGACUUAAAGUUGACCCAGGAAAAUGUGAUGGAUCUGGAGAAUGACAGGCAGCAGCUGGAGGAAAAACUCAAAAAGAAAGACUUUGAAAUCAGCCAGCAGCUCAGUAAAAUUGAGGAUGAGCAAGCCAUGGGGUCUCAGCUUCAGAAAAAACUGAAGGAGUUACAGGCUCGGAUUGAGGAGCUGGAAGAAGAACUGGAGGCCGAGCGAGCUGCCCGAGCCAAAGUGGAGAAGCAAAGGGCUGACCUGGCCAGGGAGCUGGAGGAGAUCAGCGAGAGGCUGGAGGAGGCCGGAGGAGCCACUGCGGCCCAGAUCGAGAUGAACAAGAAGAGGGAGGCCGAGUUCCAGAAGAUGCGGCGAGACCUGGAAGAGGCCACUCUGCAGCACGAGGCCACCGCCGGUGCGCUGCGUAAGAAGAACGCAGACAGCGUGGCUGACCUCGGGGAGCAGAUCGACAACCUGCAGAGAGUCAAACAGAAGCUGGAGAAAGAGAAGAGCGAGCUCAGGCUGGAGCUGGACGAUGUGGUCUCCAACAUGGAGCAGAUCGUCAAAGUCAAAUCCAACUUGGAGAAACUGUGCCGCACUCUGGAGGACCAAGUGUCUGAAUACAAGACGAAAUCCGAUGAGUCCCAGCGAAGCAUCAAUGACUUCACAAUGCACAAGGCAAAGCUUCAAACUGAAAAUGGUGAGAUCCUGAGGCAGCUGGAGGAGAAGGACUCCCUGGUCUCCCAGCUGACCCGAGGGAAGCUGUCCUACACUCAGCAGAUUGAAGACCUCAAGAGACAGCUGGAGGAGGAAGUAAAGGCCAAGAAUGCGCUCGCCCAUUCCGUGCAGUCUGCCCGCCACGACUGUGACCUGCUGAGGGAGCAGUUUGAGGAGGAGCAGGAGGCUAAAGCCGAACUCCAGCGCGGCAUGUCCAAGGCCAACUCCGAGGUGGCUCAGUGGAGAACCAAGUAUGAAACUGAUGCCAUCCAAAGGACCGAGGAGCUGGAAGAAGCCAAGAAGAAACUAGCUCAACGCUUGCAGGACGCUGAAGAAGCCGUUGAAGCUGCCAAUGCCAAAGGCUCGUCCCUGGAGAAAACCAAGCACAGGCUGCAGGGUGAGAUUGAGGAUCUCAUGGUGGAUGUGGAGAGAUCUAAUGCCGCUGCUGCAGCCCUGGACAAGAAGCAGAGAAACUUUGACAAGGUCCUUGCUGAGUGGAAGCAGAAGUAUGAGGAGUCCCAGACGGAGCUAGAAAGUGCCCAGAAAGAGGCUCGCUCACUCAGCACUGAACUUUUCAAACUGAAGAACUCCUACGAGGAAUCUCUGGAUCACCUGGAAACCAUGAAACGAGAAAACAAGAACCUUCAAGAGGAGAUUUCUGACCUGACUGAGCAACUUGGUGAGGGAGGAAAGAGCAUCCACGAGCUGGAAAAAGUCCGUAAACAGCUGGAGCAGGAAAAGUCUGAGAUACAAACUGCUCUGGAGGAAGCCGAGGGUUCCCUCGAGCACGAGGAGAGUAAGAUCCUCCGGGCUCAGCUGGAGUUCAACCAGGUGAAGGCGGACAUUGAGCGCAAGCUGGCCGAGAAGGACGAGGAGAUGGAGCAGAGCAAGCGUAACCACCAGAGAGUGGCGGACACUCUGCAGAGCUCCCUGGAGGCGGAGACUCGCAGCAGGAACGAGGCUCUGAGACUGAAGAAGAAGAUGGAGGGAGAUCUCAAUGAAAUGGAGAUCCAGCUGAGCCAGGCCAACAGGCAGGCGGCCGAGGCUCAGAAGCAGCUCAAGGGAGUCCAUGCGCACCUGAAGGACUCCCAGCUCCAGCUGGACGAUGCUCUCCGUGGCAAUGACGAUAUGAAGGAGAACAUUGCUAUCGUGGAGAGGCGCAACAACCUCCUGCAGUCUGAGCUGGAUGAGCUGAGGGCUCUGGUGGAGCAGACUGAGAGGGGUCGUAAGCUGGCUGAGCAGGAACUGCUGGAUGUCAGUGAACGAGUCCAGCUGCUGCACUCACAGAACACUAGCCUGCUGAACCAGAAGAAAAAGCUGGAGAGCGACACCACUCAGCUUCAGGGUGAGGUGGAGGAGGCGGUGCAGGAGUGCAGAAAUGCCGAGGAGAAGGCAAAGAAGGCCAUCACUGACGCAGCCAUGAUGGCAGAGGAGCUGAAGAAGGAGCAGGACACCAGCAGCCACCUGGAGCGCAUGAAGAAAAACAUGGAGCAAACCAUCAAAGACCUGCAGCACCGUCUGGAUGAAGCUGAACAAAUAGCCAUGAAAGGUGGCAAGAAGCAGAUCCAGAAGCUGGAGAGCAGGGUGAGAGAGCUGGAAAACGAGGUGGAUAUGGAGCAAAAGAAAAGUAGUGACUCUGUGAAAGGGAUUCGCAAGUAUGAGAGACGAAUCAAAGAGCUAACCUACCAGACGGAGGAGGACAGAAAGAACCUGAGCCGUCUGCAGGACCUGGUUGAUAAACUGCAGAUGAAAGUGAAAUCCUACAAGAGAUCUGCAGAGGAGGCUGAGGAACAAGCCAACGGAAAUCUUGGCAAGCUGCGCAAGUUACAGCAUGAGCUGGAGGAGGCGGAGGAAAGGGCUGACAUCGCGGAGUCCCAGGUCAACAAGCUCAGAGCAAAGGGUCGAGAUGUUGGAUCUAAGAAAUCCCACGAAGAAGAGUGAAGCUGCUCACUAGGCCUUUGUGGAUAGAUCAUCUCAGCAUCGUAGUUGUUCUUCAUCCUUCAUGCAACAUGAGUGGACUAAAGAAUAAAUGAGUUGUGAAUGCACCA